CAGUUGUGAAGAUUUAUACGGUCACCCUGGUACUGAAAGAAUCACUCAGCACUGUUAAACAACACUACGCCAUCUUCGUUCUACAGUUCAAAAAUAGGAUAAUAAAACUCUUUCACCAAAACCAUGUGCCUGGUACCUUUAAUGUUGAGCUGUCUGCUACAAAAGCAGCCCAAGAUGUCAGCAGGACUAUUAUAGAUUUUCAUCUGAUCCACACACAGCACGUAACCAGAUUAAGUGACGUCAUUGAUGGCAACCAUCUCAGUUUGGUGCUGUGGCGCUCCCUAGUGGCUGGAUCCCUCUCAGGGUUUCCUGCAUCUCCGGAAAAAUUCAAGUUUGAACAGUUGAAGUCAGAUGGAAUAUCAUCACAGCCAUCAUCAAUAACAGUGUAUCUGUCUCUUGGUCUGGCAGCACUUGUGCUGCUUCUUAUCGUAUCAAUCAUCUUCAUCAUCCGCAGCAGAAGAUCCAGACAGUAUAAAGGGCAAGUGAAUUUAAUUGGGUACAAAGGGCAAGUGUUUUUAAUCAAGUACAAAGGGCAAAUGAAUUUAAUCGGGUACAAAGGGCAAGUGUUUUUAAUCGAGUACAAAAGCAAGUGAAUUUAAUCGAGUACAAAGAGCAAGCGAAUUUAAUCGGGUACAAAGGGCAAGUGUUUUUAAUCGAGUACAAAGAGCAAGUGAAUUUAAUUGAGUACAAAGGGCAAGUGGUUUUAAUCGGGUACAAAGGGCAAGUGGUUUUAAUCGAGUACAAAGGGCAAGUGGUUUUAAUCGAGUACAAAGGGCAAGUGAAUUUAAUUGGGUACAAAGGGCAAGUGAAUCUAUUCGAGGUCAAAGGGCAAGUGGUUUUAAUCAGAUACAAAGGGCAGGUUUUUUUUUUUUUUUUAUCUAAUACAAAAGGCAAAUGUUUUUAUCUAAUGCAAAAGGAAAGUAUUUCUUUAUCUAAUACAAAGUAGAUAAAGUUUGUUUUGUUUACUGACACCACUAGAGCACAUUUGAUUUAUUAAUCAUAGGCUAUUGGAUGUCAUACAAAUUAGAGAUAUUUUCAAUCUAGUACACGGUCAAAUGCUUUUAAUGUAAUUCAAUCUUUUGACACAUACUUACAUUCACUUAGAGUUCACAUGAAUUUUGGCUCACCAGACGUCUGUACACAUGCCAUUGUGUUGUUUUAUGAUAUUGCACAAAAACAGACACUAGAACCAAUCAUCAAAAUUUGUCUGGUUUUAGUGUCAAGAGAGCACAUCAUGGCCUCCAAUAUUAGAUACCAAUGGUAAAACACCAAGAGUGCUAUGAUCAAAUCAGCCAUGUUUUUUUUCAAUCAAUCCAAGCACUGAACCCAAUAUUUGUCAACUUUUGUAAGGAACAAAUGUAAAAUAGAUUUGUGGGGUACAUCCAUGUAGCAUUUGUGACAUCAUCUCUUUGUUUUUAUAGCUUAUUUCAGUGUGUGAACAACUCUCCUGACCUCGUGUUAAACAUCGUCAACAACCCUGAUGAACAGCUCAGUCAAAGAGGCAGCUGCACUGAAGGUAAGGAACAGAACCGACAAACAAUUACCUGAAAAUCUGAAACUACUUCUGAAAUUAAGGUAUGUAAGGGAAGGUUGGUUUAUUGCGAGUCUAACAUAAAGUUAUUUUAACACUUGGUCUAGAAUAUAAGAGAAAACCCACUACUGCCACCAAGUAGCAACAGGGGAUUUUUUAUAUACACUUUUUCAAUGUAAUAGUGUUUUGCAUAAAUAAAUAAAAGAAAUCGCAAGGCAGUUUUGGAACUUUAAUUUUAUUGAACUAUUUCAGAAAAUCCUUAUGCUGAUGUUGGUGAUAUUGUUCUGCCUUAUGAAGUGACCCACUGGUCAGACCUGAAGGACGAGUCUUUUCGAAGGAACUCUUCAAAACGAGGUCUGAAAGAAUGCAAUCUGGACAGGGCAGCUGCCCAGAAAGCUAUGGAUGUCACCCCGUUAACAUCAGCUCCAGGACAGGAUACCAGAAGUCAUCUUGUAGUAGUUGCUACUGCACCAGCAGAUGACUACCUGCAUCCAGUGGCAUCCAAGAAUGACCUUGAUCAGGUGGAGGUCACCAAAAAGGAUGAUAAGCAACUGCUGAAAAUUGGUGGCAAAGGAGGUCAGAUUAACCUGGCAUUUGAUAAGGAUCUAUACCUCUUGCCCAAAACAGAUGUUGACCACUUAACCAAGUCCAAGGAUUCUCCAAAGAAACAUGUCUAUGUUAAUGAAGGUGUGGAUCGGUCAAGAACCACUAUCACUGUAGAAGAUGGAUACGUACCCUUUCAGCCAGCAGUGCCUAGCUAUGUCAACCAGCCUACACCUUAUGAGAACAAUUUAUCUAGUCUUGACAAACUCACUGCUGGUUCACAAGAGAACACUGGUAUUUCAAAUCAAGAAUCUUCAUCAGCCGGUAUGGUCCACCCUUCCAAUGCAGUUUCUGGUAAAAUGGUGAGAGUGUCAGAUUUUUCAGAAUCUCAAGGCUUUAAAGAAGCCACUAGUGGCACGGCCAUCUCAAAUGAUGAAUACACAGAACCAACUGGUGAUGAGGACCCUCCUCCCGACUACCUGGAAGUAGUGGCCCCAGAGCCUGGUGAUCUGCUGUCAACAGACCCAGCAAGGAGAAAGCUUCCUCCACUUCCACCAAAUGCUGCUCUCUUUGCUCAAAGCAAACAGUAAACUGCCUGGACAGAGGAACUAAUAUUAUUCAGAACUGUUAAUUAAUUUAGAGUUGAAUUAAUUAGUGCAGUGCUUAUAUGAUACUUGAAGGUUGUGUUAGCAAACAGCAGUUAGAAAGGAAUGUUUGUUUAAUAACAUUCCAGCAUGCUGCUUAUCAAGAGUCAUAACAUGGGAUCUUGUGACAUUCCUGGCUGAAAUACUCUUUGAUGGUCAGAGUAAGUGCUCAAGUUGGGUGUGCUUCAUAAUGUGUUAUUGUGAAUAACAUUAAAAUCAUGUCAUAUAUUUGUAGAUUUGUGAGCCAUGGUCUAAAAAUGAGAGUAAAGUUGGUUUUUUGGGGUUUUUUUUAACACCACCACUGAAAGCUAUUGAUAAUUCGGAGUCUUCAGAGGAAAUCAGCUGCAUUUUUUCAUUGGCAGCAAAGACUUUUUUGGGGGCCACAAACAGGACAGAGCAUACCACAGCUUUGAUAUACCAGCUGUGGACACAACAAUCGGCCCUUCAAUGAGGUCCAGUCCUAGGACACGAACAUCUAUUGACAGAGCUAUAAGCUAAGAUCCCCCACCUAGAAUGUGGGAGAAACAACAUGGCUACCGUUACUGUUGAUUAGCAACCAAGGUUCUUUUAUUUGUGCAUUCUUAUGAAUAACAUGGCACAUCCCACAGGUUGAAAAAAAAACCCUCUUCCAGAUUUGUAGGGCAUUGUAGUCCGUCUUUUGAACAUGAUUUACUGUAAUAUAGGAUACACUAAACAAAUUUAUUUUCGUUGGCUGUUUAAUUUCUGUUGCAAGACACAUGGAUAUGAUUGGACUUUACAUUUGUGAGCAGUGUUUCAACCUCAUAUUGAAUUAUUUCGAGAAAUUCGCCUGGUUUAAUUUUGUACAAAAACCACGUUCAUGGGGUAGGUCUACAGGUUUAUAACUUGUUAACAUAUUUUCACUUAAAAGUUUAUAUAAAUACAUAAAAUAAUUUACUAAAGGGCAAGUAUUAUUUUCAAAAGUUUUUCAGAAUUGUGUGAUAUUUUAAAGCAGUUAAUGUUGUUUAAAAAAUCAAGUCAUUUCCAUCUUGUCUUCUUUAUCAAUUUUUUUGUCAUAAAAAGUAUGUUCUAAACAAAAAUAAGGUACUUCAGAUUGUGAUAUAAUUAUUUUUGAUGAACCUGCUUGCACCCUUUUAAGAACACAAACUAGAAGAGUAGACCACAAGACACAUACUGGUGACUGUUGUGAACGAUCAGUUACCAGACCUUACUUGGAGUGAGUGGGUGCACGUCCAUUGCUGCUGACGAAGUGUUAAAUGUUACAAUGGCACGAAAUAAUAACAAAAUAUUAGCAAUAACGUCAUUUUCAUCUGAAAUUAGUAAUUUUGUUAAAAAUUAUUUAUACCGACGUUUAAAUAUAAUGUAAGACGUGGAAUUAAUAUACUAAUGAAAACGAAAACACGACACACAUGAGGCCAAGUAACAGCACAUUGGAUGAGUUCUCGGAAUUUUGUCAUUGUGAUAAAUCUACCGUCUGAUUUAUCACGAAAAUUAACCAAUGGAAAAAAGGCUUAUAUGAAAGUUGUAUUAGAAUUAUUAUUAUAUCAACUUUUUUUUUUUUUUUCAAACAAAAUAAAUUACUUACUGGGCAGUGCCACUCCAUAGUAAUAGGUCUGGUUACAUCCCCCAACCCCCUCAUUUAUUUGUAUUAUCCCAUUUGUUUAAAACAACAUAUUAUUCAAUGUAAAAAGCUGUCCGGGUAUACUUUAUUUAACAUGUCUAUAAUUCUUGUAUAACAAAUGUAGUUUGUAAUUAUAAAAAUAUACUAAAGACAGUUUAUAAACUUCACAAUGUUACAUAUUUGAUAUAUUACACUUCUUCUUCAGCGGCCAAUUUCACAAAACAUUGUUAAGUUUAUGUCUGCGACUAGCAGUUAUACUGGGCAUAUAUUUACAAGUAUUCGACAUCUAUUUCACGAAGA